AUGUUAAAAAGAGAAAGGUUUUUGCUUGAGCUUAAAAUUAUAGCUGAAUAUAAAGUCGAAAGAAAAAAAAAUUCUGAAAAGAUCAUUUUUUAUCCUUUCUACGUCUCUAGAAUAAUAAAAGAUUGUAAAGAAGGAACAGCUAUUUAA